AUGUCUUCAAGGAAUACAUCACUGGAGCACAGAAGUGGGCAGCAAAGUCGUUCUGUCCAUUAUGAUAAAGUAUAUGUGGAUUCCUCUUCCCCAGAAGAUGUUGAGGAGAUAUUAAAUUCAGAACCUUUGCCUCCGCCUCUUCCAUUACAGCCACCAUUUGGACCUGAAUUUUAUCCAAGUGACAAUGAAGAGUCGGCUGAAAUGCCUGAUCUCAAACCAGUGAGAAAAUUCAUUCCUGAUUCAUGGAAAAACUUCUUCAGAGGUAAAAGAGGUGAUCCAGAAUGGAAUAAGCCAGUAUCUGCCAUUUCAGAUGGAACUCAAUGUUCUCCACCAUCAUCUCCAACACUUACUCCAGUGAAAGCAGAGCAUAUUUCAACACCAAGCUCUUAUCAAGAUCCAUAUGGAGGUUCAGGAGGGACUUACAAUUCACAAAAAGAAGCUGAAGGUAUUCUCCCCUCAGAUCCAUACGGCUCUCUGGGAAGGCACACUCAGGCUCUGACAUACAGUGAGAAAGUAGAAGCUUUUAACCUGAGAUAUUCCUACAUGAAAUCUUGGGCAGGAUUGCUUAGAAUCUUGGCUGUUGUUGAACUGCUCUUAGGUGCAGCUGUAUUUGCCUGUGUCACAGCUUACAUUCACAAAGACAAUGAGUGGUACAACAUGUAUGGCUUUUCACAACCAUAUGGCUAUGGUGGAAACAGCAUGUAUGGUGGUUAUUAUUACAGUGGACCCAAAACUCCUUUUGUUCUUGUUGUAGCAGCACUUGUUUGGAUAGUGACUAUCAUACUUCUAGUACUUGGUAUGUCAAUGUACUACAGAACUAUUCUUCUGGAUUCCCACUGGUGGCCUUUAACUGAAUUUGGAAUCAAUGUGGCCUUGUUUAUUUUAUAUAUGUCAGCUGCUAUUGUCUAUGUAAAUGAUGCAAACAGAGGAGGACUUUGCUCAUAUUCAUUAUUUAACACACCACUGAAUGCUGCUUUUUGCCGUAUAGAAGGUGGACAGACAGCAGGAAUUAUUUUUUUGUUUGUAACAAUGAUUAUAUAUCUCAUUGGUGCAAUGGUUUGCCUAAAAUUAUGGAGACAUGAAACUGCACGGAGACACAGAGAGUUCAUGGAAGAGCGGAUGAAGUCACAAUCAUUUGCUCCAAAGAGAAUGUAUGAAGAUCAUGAAAAUCACACAUCCAAGGUAGCAAUAAAGACAUUGAAGGGUACAGAAAUGAAACCUGAAGUACUUAAUGGCUAUAUACCAGCCGGACAUAUCCCUAAACCAAUAGUGAUGCCAGAUUACUUAGCAAAAUACCCAGCAAUUCGGACAAAUGAGGAAAGAGACCGUUAUAAAGCUGUGUUUAAUGAUCAGUUUUCUGAAUAUAAAGAACUGUCUUCCGAAGUUCAGGCAGUUUUGAAGAAGUUUGAUGAGUUAGAUGCACUUAUGAGGAAGCUUCCUCAGCAUUCUGGAAAUACUCUCGAACACGAUAGAAUCGCCAAUGUUCUCCAACAGUAUAAAAAGAAAAAGAAUGAUCCCACAUUUCAGGAGAAGAAAGAACGAUGUGAAUAUCUAAAAAACAAACUUUCUCACAUAAAACAAAGAAUUCAGGAAUAUGACAAAAUUAUCAAUUGGAAUACUUAGAAUGACUUUAAUUUUACCAACAAGAUUUUUUUACCAUUUUAAAAUAUUUAUUGCCACUAUUGUAUAUUUUUCUUGUAAAAUUAGUAACUAAAAUCUAGUGUGUAUAUUGUGAACUAAGGAAAAGAUUUAUCCACUGUAAGGUGGAAAACUUUCUAAGAAUGUAGUUAAGUGCACUGUUGAUCCUAUUCUAAAAUAACAGAUAAAAUUUAUAUCUUUUUACUUUUUAAAUUCAAAAUAUUUGUAUUUCUAUCACUGAGAUAUUUUCCUAAAUGUGACUAUACUGUAAACAGGUAUGACUGCCUUAAUUUCAUGAAUAGCUUAGUUACAUGAAUGUGGUUUUUCAGAGAUCCAUAUGUAUUAAAAAUUGCUUUAUAUGCCACUUAACUAUGUAUAAUGACCUACUUGGAGGGACAAGGAACCAGAUUCUAGCCAUUUCCUCCUUUGGCAGGCAGGAACUUGGAUUCAGGUUCUCCACAACUCAGCCAUGUGUUUGGUGAUUUCAGCUCUAGGAACGCAAGUUCUUAAUUCUCUUUUAACAAUUCCUAGUGAAAUGUUGCAGAGUUUGUGUUUAGGAGAAAGAUUCACAUCCAUGGAAUAUUGGAUUGAGUUCUAUUUUGCAUUAACAGAUUCUUUUUUCCCCCUUAUUUUUUGGUCUGAGUAAAUACAUCUUUAUAUGAACUAAUAAAUAUUUUAGUUAUAGAACAAAGUUAACUUUCUAUAGAGUACAAUCAUCUUGUUCAGCAAAUGUACUCAGCAUUUCCUUUGGACAGCCACACAUUUUAAAAUUAAAUAAUUUUUAAAGUUUAAUAUUUGUAAACCUUGACAUUCUAAGCAAAAAUUGGAGUUGUAUUUUUGUUACCUGCAUCUGUUUUGCAACAAAAUAGGUAUAUGAGUUUCCAUCUGACAGGGCUGUAGCAAUUGAAAAUAUCUCAAUUAAGCAACGUAUAAUCUUUUUGUUGGAGGGGUAGUUACUUCAUGUUUUCUUGCUGGACCAUAUGGAGGUGGAAACAAGUUCUGGGAUAAAUAUCAUUCUUUUAAAAUAGAGUGUGAUGUAGAAAGGGACGUAAAUCUAAGUGUUUAGAUACCUGUCAUUUUAUUGGAAAUCUAUCCCAGGGCUGUAAAAAUCCCGGCCCAUGGGCCGGAUACGUCACAUGCUGGCCAUGCCCAUGCCCAAUUUAGCGAAGGGGAAAAAAGUCCCGAUAUGUCACAUGACACUGCCAUGACAAUGUGAGUUUGACACCCCGAUCUAUCCCAACUGUAACUUACAGGUAAUGCAUUUUGAGCAUACAGUGCAAUCUUUCUCAGAGAAAGUUAUUAGCUUUGUGUGGGAGAAUAUCAUUAGGAAAGUAAGCGUUAAAAGACAAUGUAAUACUAUCGAAGAAAAGCAGCAUUCAACUAAAAUAUUUUCAGACUGAUACUGAAUCCUACUUUUCUGUUGAAAGAUAGCGUUGUCAUGUAUAUAUCAUUGAAUUGUCAACUAAUCUCACCUCUUAAAUUCAGAUUGGAGGAGUGAUUAUAGCUGACUUUUUCUAAAUAGCUACUUAAAAUGUUGAUUGGAAUGGCAGGUGCAGAAAAAUUAUUCAGGGCAUUAAAUGGCAUAGUUUUUUAAUACAGUUCUUGGAAAAUAGAAAUUCCACAAACUUAUCUUUUUAUAAGUCAGGUGGGAAGUUCAUAUAUCUUUCUACAUUUCUAUAUUACAGUAUAUCACAUUUUUUUACAGAAGAACCUUAGCACGUUGUAGUGAAUUUCUACUCUGGAAUACUCUACUUCAAAACAAUCUCCUUUUAGAAUAUAAUGUUUUAUUAAAACUGUUAAACAAGAAGAUAAAAACUAACAAAUAUAGCUAGGUAAGGAAGAAAAAAAUAAAGCAAAAAAUUCAAGAAAAGAAAGACGUUAAACAUAGAAAAGGAAAAAGAUCAUUUUUCAAAUAAUAUGCACUACAAUGCAAGUCACUUUCCUUUGGUUUUUUUAUAGUAUUAAGUCAUAACAAACCUUCUGAAAUACUGAACUGUAUAUUUUCAUAAAAUAAUGAAUAAAACAUAUACUAAACAA